AUGAAUGUGGAAACCCUGAACUUUUGGCUGACAAAGUUUGUAGAGGAAGUGGUGAAGGAGAAUGGCAAAGGGUUUCAAGGAAGUCUGUACUUGAUUGUUGCGGGCCUUCAGCGAUAUCUUGAUGAAUUAAGUCAAAACGAUAGAAGCAAGACCAAUAAAAUAGACCAAUCAAGUGAAAGUGAUGAAAAUCCACAACUUGCAGGUACAUCCAGCUUACAGAAUUGGCACAAAAGAGGGAGAGGUGAAACUAUUGUGCCACAACCCAUUAUGGAUAUUCUUGUCAAGAAAACUAGACCUGAUGAUGGUGAGCUUGAGGCUAGCAUUAAAUGAAGACCAAAUCCACAAAUUGAUGAAAGUGAAGUCAAUGAGUUCUUGCAAACAUUUAAGUCCAUCAACCCUAAAAUUGGCCAAAAUGGAUUUCAAUUAGCGAAUAAGUCUGAUGUUUUAAUGGAGACAAGAUAUGGCAAAAGCCCCAAGGGUUCUUACUUGAGUUACCAAGUCUCUCAUACAGAGUCAAACUUUACUGUAGACAUAGACAUAAGCAGCAUUCCUCGUAAAGAAGAAACUGUGCCUGUAGAGGUAUAUCCAAGAUUUACCCUCACUGACCUUGAGGAAAAUGAGGACCAUGAUCUAACAGACUUAGAGCAAGAAUUUGUAAGUUCUCUAUCCAUGCCUGAGGACAAGAUAAAUAAAAUUGAAAGGAACACUAGGGGACAAGCGCAUUAUGAACAAUGGAAAUCUGAGAAAAAGUACAGAUUCACAGCUUCUAAAUCCAGUGUCAAUUCAAAUAGGAAAAGAAUUCACGACACCUUGCAAAUUUAA